AUCUGGCGACAAAAAUUUCUUAAAAAGAAAGAAAACUGGAGAGAGAGUUACGCGCAGUGAAGCUGUAGUAGUAGCGGUAGCCGUAGCGGUAAUUCUUUAAUGUAAAUAAAAUUGUAAGAUUUUCAAGAAAACACGGCUACAACAAUGAGCACAGUGCCGCAGGAAUCAAUUGAAGUAAUUUCACAAAGCUUAGGAAUCAAUAAUUUAGCCCCGGAAGUCUUGCCUGAUCUCGCUUCCGAUGUGGAGUUCCGCGUUCGCGAGAUUAUGCAGGAGGCUAUCAAAUGCAUGCGCCACUCCAAAAGAACUACUUUGACUUCUGAAGAUGUGGACAGUGCCCUUGGCUUACGAAAUGUUGAGCCUAUACAUGGGUUUGCUUCAGGAGAUCCAUUGCGGUUUAAAAAUGCUGCUGGGCACAACAAUUUGUAUUACAUUCGUGACAAAGAUGUUGAAUUCAAAGAUGUAAUUGAUGCUCCUUUACCGAAAGCGCCAUUAGAGACCACACUUGUUGCUCAUUGGUUAGCUAUCGAAGGAGUUCAACCGGCUAUUCCAGAGAAUGCAACUCUUGAAGUGAAAUCUGACAACAGAAAGGCUGAGUACAGAGAAGACGGUGUUUCUGUUGAUGUUAAAUUACCUGUGAAGCAUGUAUUGUCUCGUGAACUGCAGCUUUACUUUGAGAAAAUUACUGAGCUUACUGUAAGUAGAUCUAGCUCCAUUCUCUUUAAAGAGGCACUAGUGAGCUUGGCAACUGACUCAGGGCUGCACCCUUUAGUUCCUUACUUUGCAUAUUUUAUUGCUGACGAGGUUUCCAGGAAUUUAAAUAAUUCUUAUCAACUUAUUGGUUUGAUGCGGCUUGUCUGGAGCCUCCUGCAGAAUCCUCAUAUCCACAUUGAGCCAUAUCUGCACCAAUUAAUGCCAUCUGUAAUGACAUGUCUAGUGGCAAAAAAGUUGGGGAAUAAGUUUUCAGAUAACCACUGGGAGCUGAGAAACUUCACUGCUGACCUGGUUGCCUUAAUAUGCAAGAGGUAUGGUCACGUUUAUCACAAUCUCCAGCCACGGGUGACAAGGACAUUGGUUCACACCUUCUUAGAUCCGACAAAAGCACUGCCUCAACAUUUUGGUGCAAUUCAAGGGUUGGCAGCCCUUGGACCUAGCGUGGUCCGUUUGCUUGUGCUACCCAACCUUGAGCCCUAUUUGCGGCUUUUAGAGCCAGAAAUGCUGCUGGAAAAGCAAAAGAAUGGGAUGAACAGGCUGGCAGCCUGGCAUGUCUAUGGAGCUUUAAUACGUGCAGUUGGUCUGUGCAUGUACAAUCGGCUUAAAAAGCUUCCUACCCUUCUGCCGCCUCUACGUGCCAUGUCAAGGAGCAACCCAAAAGUCAUCACUAAAAUUCCAAGUAAACGUAAAGCUACUGUGGACAACAUGAUGCAGCAGCCACCACUUAAAAAAUUGGCAACCAAAGGUCCAAUGGGUUCUUUGACGGCAAACUCAGUGCCGGUAGACAUGUCAGGCACUAGUGGUGGAUAUGCUGCAAAUAUUCAGGUUACGGAUUCUAGUUUUCCGUCAAUCUCAAAAACUUUCUCGAAUGAAAAUGUCAGAGGAAUCAGUGCAAGAAGGGAUGGGGUUGCUAGUCAAGGGCAUAAAUCAUCAGCUGUUCUUCAACAGGCUUGGAAGGAGGAAUUUGACACUGGAAACUUGUUGCCUCUAUUGUACGAGUAUUUUGGAGAGAGCAUGUUAAAUUUUGUACCCACACCUGAAUUCUCUCUCCUCUUGUGAUCUCUAAGCAGUGGUUGGAGGGGAUUGAUUACAGAUCUUACUGUUGUUUUAGAGGAUACUGGGGACAGGACCUGCUCCUAGCUGUUAGUUGAUACAUCCCCUUGAAAGUGCGUUAUUCUAGUGCUGAGCGAUAUUUCCACAUGGAUGCUUUGAAAACCCGUCACAAUCGUCUUAUGUAAUCCGAUUGGCUUCCGUGCAAUUAUUGACCAAAUGUACCAUACGUGAAA